AUGCCCGCGCGCCCGAAGACCGCGACGCUCAUGAUGCGCAUGAUGCUGGCCCAGCGCACGGGCCGCGAGCUCGCCGAGGAGGAGCGGCCCAGCGGCGUCGAGCACGUCACGGAAACGUCGUGCGCGAUCUUCGCCCAGUCGCUGGCGCCGGCGCUGCGGGGCCGCGCGUGGGUCGCGUUCGAGUGCGACGACGGCGCGGCGGGCGACUGGAGCCACUUCAGCAUGCCGCACGACGCGGAGCGGUACGCGCGGUGCCGGCGGCGCUGCGCGGCGGCGAUCCAGGAGCUCUUCCGCCGCGCGGGGCUCGCCGACGAGACCUUCGCCGAGGCGACGACGCGCUGGGGCGGCCGCCCCGGCCUGCCCGCGCCCGUCUUCGCGAACGACGUCCGCGACGAGCGGCCGCGGCUCGGCGCGCUCGAGAUCUACUUCGUCGUCGCCGCGGACGCGUCGCCGGGCGCCGAGCUCCGGACCGUGCUCCUCCACUCGAAGCUCAACAGCUCGCUCUGGCCCAACACGCGCGUCGUCGUCCGCAAGCUCGUCAACGCGCUCGGCGUGCUGACGUACGAGCCGCCGCGAGCUCCGAAAACGCCCGACGGCGACGACAUCGACGACGACGACGCGCCGGCGACGCCGACGUCGCCGCCGGCGUCGCCGGGCGGGACGCCGGCGUCGCCGAGCCGCGCGUUCCGCCGCCGCGCGGGCGCGCCGUCGCCGAAGAAGCGGCCGCACCGCGCGCCGCUGCCGCGGUCGCACGCCGGCGGCGGCCGCAGGGCCAAGGAGCCCUGCGAGGCCUGCGGCCAGUGCCGCUACCGCGAGCGCUACACCGUCGUCGAGCGCUUCAACAAGUGCGAGGGGGGCACGCACAGCGCAUGCCACGCGCACGGCUGGCCCGAGGCGUCGCUCAAGCUCGCGCGCGACGCGGGCCACGGCCUCACGCGGUGGACGGCGCGGAAGAUCGGCGACUGCUGCGCGCUGCGCUGCGCGACGCCCUUCUGCAACCAUCUCUACGUCCGCGAGGCGAACCACGCGCGGUCGUGCCUGCCGAGCCCGUGCGCGCGCGCGCGGCCCCUCGACGACCUGGCGGCGCCGUCGCCGCGCGCGCGCCGGCCCGCGUCGUCGCCGUGUGACUACAUGACGUCGGAGUACUGCCUCGCGACGCGCCACACGGUCCAGUACGGGAGCCACGCGCCCGCGAAGCGCGUCCGCGUCGCCGUCGUCGUCCGCUUCCCGCAGCCCUUCGCGCCGGGGCCCGACCUCCGCGACGGGUCGUCGGCCCUCGACGGCGCCCCGUCGCUCGCGCGGUCCCAGGGCGACGACGGCGGCUUCCUGUCGCUCGCGCGGUCCCAGGGCGACGACGGCUUCCUGUCCAUCCAGCGCUCGACGAGCGACGCGGGCUUCCUGUCGCUGCCGCGGUCCGAAGCGCCGGCCGGCGACGGCGACGACGAGCGCACGCGCGCCUCGGCCGCGUCCCAGGCGCUCCUCGCGGCGCCCGACGACGCCUCGAGCAAGCCGCCGAGCCUCCCGCCGCGGAGCUCCUUCCUGCCGUCGCCCGCGCAGCUCGCCGCGGCGCGCGCCGCGGCCGCGCGCGACGACGCGUCGGCGCCGCGCGGCGACGCGUCGGCGGCGAGCGCCGCCGCGCCCGCGGCCGCGGCCGCGCGCGACGACGCGUCCGUCGCGAGCGGCCUCGCGCCGAGCGUCGCGCCGUCGGCGCGGACGCCCGAGCGGCGGCCGUCCUGGGACGCGUCGCGGUCGCCGCCCGCGCGGCGCACGCGCCUCCUGUCGACGCGCGCGCGGGUCGUCGUCGUCGUGAGCCCCCUCGGCGACCCGCGGACGGGCGAGCGGAGCCGCGGCCACUACGAGGACGGCCUCGAGACGGGCCUCGACGCGCGCUGGGCCGAGCCGCGGCGCGGGCCGAAGCCGGCCUGGGAGAAGUCGCACGGCAAGGGCCACGCCGAGCCCAUGCGCGUCGACAUCGCGGGGCCCGCGAGCCAGUACGGCUGCCUCGCCGCGCGGCCGCCGGACCGGGCCCACGCGAAGAUCAGCCGGUGCCGCGCGUGGGUGCCGCGCGAGUGGAACGAGAUCCGGCGGCCGGCCCUCCCGUCCUACGACUGCAAGGCCUUCGGCGCGCCGCCGGACGUCGAGCCGGCGAUCACGUUCACGGCGCAGCCCCCGGCGCCGGGGCAGCACCCGUCCCAGUUCGUCGGCUUCCUCGACGUCGCCGCGGGCGGCCGCACCUACGAGGUCUCCAUCCGCUCCACGUCCGGCGCCGCGUCCCGGUCCUACGUGCUCGUCCAGCCGUCGACGCCCCUCGCCUUCGCCGCGACGGGGCCCGCGUGCCUCUGCGUCACGCUCGCCCGGUCCGCGUCGCUCCAGCGCUCCAACUCGAACUCGUCCAUGGGCACGAUGGGAGGCGGCGGCGAGCCCGGCACGCUCUUCGGGGAGAAGCCGGGCCACAAGAUGGAGGGCUGGGAGCCGAUCAUCUACUCGUGCUACGGCGCGAGCGCCGUGCUCCUCAUCGUCGGCCUCUGGAACAAGCCGACGACGUCGAUCAACGCGUGGGCCAAGGACGAGGCGAACGCGCGGCUCAAGCUCAAGCGCGAGGGCGAGGACGUCGAGUACGGCACGCACUACAACUCCAAGGCGGCCAAGUUCGCCUUCGCCAAGGAGGGCGUCGGCGCCCGCGGCGCGCGCCGCGCCGACCCCUCGAUGACGCGCCUCCGCGGCGGCGCGCGGCCCGGCGGCGGCGCCUUCGCCGUGACCAUGUUCUGCGGCUCUCUGGUCUUCAUCGUCAACAGCGAGCACUCGCUCGAGAUGUUCACGUCCGCCAUCUUCAUGCUCGCCUGCCUCGCCGCCGUCUGGUACGCGCUGCUCUGGGCCGCGGACCUGCGCACGGAGGCGCGGCGCGACGAGAUCACUCUCCAUCACCAAACCGUCGAACGCGCGUCGAACAACAUCAUCGAGCUCACGCCGGCGGCGUCCGAGGCGGCCGAGGCCGGCGCGGCGGCGGACGCGUGGCACACGACGCUGCGCGUCAUCGAGGAGGAGACGGCGACGCGGGGCCGCCUGCUCGGGCACCAGAUCGCGCACCAGCGCGCGGUGCUCCGCGUCGCGUGGACUUUCUUGGCGGGCGGCGAGGCGGAGGCGGACGUCGCGCCCGCGGGCGAGGACGACGAGGCCUUCGCGGCCGUGCCGGGCAAGCCGUCCGGCUGGACCAUCCACCGGAACCCGCGGCGCCCGGGCUCGACCUACGUCUUCCCCCACAUCCUCGAGGCGUGGACGUGGAUCGCGCGGAGCGACGGCGUCCCCGAGAAGCUCCUCCUCCGCACGACGCUCUUCGGCCUCGAGGCCGCGCAGCAGGCCGUCGAGGCCGACGCCGCGGCGCGCGCCGACGCGAAGCGGCUCGCGGAGGAGGCGCGCGAGUUGCUCCGCGAGCACCGGUGGAACUGGGCGGACCCGAUCAAGACGGCGCUGUCGUGGACGCGGCUCGGCCGCGCCGUGGAGAAGCGCGAGCUCGCCAGCGCCGUGGCCAAGGACCGCGCGGAGCUCGCGCGCUGCAGCUCGGGCCGCGAGAUCGCGCUCGACGGCGAGACCUUCGUCGUCGGCAAGAUCGGCGACUACCGCUUCGAGCGGCAGGACCUUGUCCGCCCGACGCCGGGGCCCGCGGCCGCGCAGCUCCUCGGCCGCGUGCUCCCCAUGUUCGCGCCGCCGCCGCCGCGCGGCCGCUUCACGGCCUGGUAG